AUGUUUUUCUCUACUUAUGUUCUCACAAAGAAAGGCCCUUUGGCGAAGGUAUGGCUCGCGGCACACUGGGAUAAGCGGUUAACACGUAAUGAGGUUAAAGUUGUCGAUCUUGGCCAGACUAUUAUGCAUAUUGUACGCCCAGUGGUUCCCAUUGCAUUGCGCACAUCGGGUGAGCUCUUAGUCGGUGUGGUGCGAAUUUACGCCCUUAAGGUGAAGUAUCUUUUAAAGGAAGCCACCGAAGCCACAAUUUUCUUGCGGGUGACGACCUCUAACACCUUAAAAGAGGCAGCCGCGACCGGGGGAGCAGCCUGCACUUUGUCAAUGGCGGUCGAAAAGGCCGCAGCCGCGAACGGCAUGUUAGUGAAUCCAAAAGGAGAUAUGGAGACAGUCCCACUUGCCUGGGGAAAAGAGAUGUUAACAAAGUACGGAUCCUUUUCGGAGGCGGCAGACGCCUUUGGUAAGGGCCGUUUCGACGCCAUUGCCGAUCUUCUUGGCGCCCAGCAUGUUGAAGGAUUGCAUAAAGGCGAUGGACUGCUCGCUUCGGUGUGGUACACGGUCGAGCCCACUUCUCAGAUUUCCGACGGCCCACACGGUUCUCAGCAGGAUUAUGAUGAGAUUGCAAAGAUGCGCGCCGAUUUAAUGACCUUUCACGAGCGCGCCAGUGAUAGCAGUGCGAGCAAGAGCAAAUCUAGCUUGUCGAGUAUCGAAAAAGGUCGUGGAAGCGCAGCAGCCGCGGUCGAUGCGGCUAAAGGCGAAAGAGCUAUUCCCUAUCCACCCCUUACGGAUGAGCUCGAUAUUGGGAUCCCUCUGCCAGACGAAGCCCCGGGGGAAUUAUACCACGCACUCGGGUCGCAGGUCCCGGGCUACGUCCCGGAGGAUCUGUUCACCUUACCUACGAUGGCGGAUACUGAAGAGGCCGCGGCGUCAGGGCCCACCACCGCACGGGUGGCUAUCAAAAAAGCUCGCCCUGCGAAUAUUCUCGAUCUGGCCGCCACAACGCUUCCUCGGGAGGCGUUUGAAAUGUUUAUGUCCGAUCGCAGUGGCGUGCUGAAUAAAACCUACCGACGAGGGCCCUUGGACGCCCAGGAACAACACGAGCGCUACCUCGUGGCGAACCUUCCCAAUCCCGAGGACCCCGUUCUGGCAAGUUCUACGCCGAUUACCGAUUCCUUGCCGAUUGCCGAUAUCACGAUGAAAUCGAUUCAGUCGAAUCCCUCGCUCCGAGCCGCGUUCACCUCUGCGCUUCAUCCGGACACCUUGAAAGCGAUUGAGGAGGCAAUGCGGGCCUUGCAGACUGGCCCAGGGCAUGGCGUCGAUCCGAUGGCCCGCGGUCCGGCCCUCCCCGAAAUUAACGACGAGAUCAUCCCAUCCACAAGCCCAGAGGCAAACGCCUACAAGCGCGCACGCCAGAGCGACGAGCCAGACGACGGAACUGACGACUCCACAAGUCUUUCUGCCAGCGCCGUUCGGACGCUGAAGCGGAUUCGCGACGAGGUCUCAUCGCUGUCUUCUCCCCAACCACCGGCGAAGAGGCCGCGGGUCGCCAGCCCGGAAUCCACCAUGGGGGGCUCAUGCACGCUAAAAAGUGUGUGUAAUGGCUUGGGCAAGCGGGAUGCCGCGCGUAUGUUUGUUGAUCUGCUUGUCUUGGCCUCUAGGCAGCUUCUGGACGCGCAUCAGGAGGUAAACUCGAGUGAUAUUAAGAUUACUUUGAAGGAAGCCUCCGCCGCUGUAGUAGCGGCCUAA